GUAAGGAACAGUAUCACGUGGUUGUCUGGAAGGGUCCAUCUGAGAAGCCGUGGUCGCUUGGGGGUUUCUGAGUAACGGGUGAGGCGAAAGGGACAGUUAGGAGGAAGCGGUUGGCGAGUCCCUGAGUGGCGCCACUUCGGGAAAAAGAGAGCAGGCCUCUCCGUGGGACUGGCUGUGAUGUGGGGGUGGCGGCUGAAAACUGGGACCCGGCAUCGUACGUUGAUACCCUCCUUUCCUGGUGGCCGCACUGAUGAGAAGCUGUAAUUAGACACCAUCUGAGUUGAUAUUUUCUACUGUGGUGUAGCUUUGAUUAGAACUCCAGGAUCCGUCUACAUGCUGCAUCUAUAAUUCCUUUGGUGUGCUGAAUGGCUGUUGGAUAGGGAUGUAUAGUCUGAUGGCCAAUUGUUGCAACUGGCUAAAGCGGUGGCGAGAACCUGUCAGGAGUGUGACAUUAAUCAUGGUGGGUCUUGAUAAUGCUGGAAAAACUGCAACAGUGAAAGGAAUCCAGGGAGAGUGCCCUGAGGAUGUGGCUCCAACAGUUGGUUUUUCUAAAAUUAACCUUAAGCAAGGUCGAUUUGAAGUCACAAUCUUUGACUUGGGAGGUGGAAAGCGAAUCCGGGCUAUCUGGAAGAAUUACUACGCUGAAUCGUAUGGGGUAAUAUUUGUUGUGGAUUCCAGUGAUGUGGAGAGAAUGGAAGAGACAAAAGAGACUAUGUCAGAAGUUCUAAGGCAUCCCAAGAUAUCGGGGAAACCUAUAUUAGUGUUAGCAAAUAAGCAGGACAAAGAAGGUGCCCUGGCAGAAGCAGAUGUAAUCGAGUGUUUAUCGCUUGAAAAGCUUGUCAACGAGCACAAAUGUCUGUGUCAGAUUGAGCCUUGUUCAGCAAUCAUGGGCUAUGGGAAAAAAAUUGACAAAUCUAUAAAGAAGGGUUUACUCUGGCUGUUACAUAUUAUAGCCAAAGAUUUUGAUGCCUUACAUGAACGAAUCCAAAAAGACACCAUAGAGCAGAAAGCAGCUGAAGAACAAGAGAAACAAGAACGGGCUGAAAGAGUGAGGAAGAUUCGGGAAGAAAGAGAACGGAAAGAAAGAGAAGAAGCUGAGCAUGAAGGAAGGAACGUUUUGGAUGAAGAUGACUCUGAGUCAAUAUCUGGCAACCCAUUCCAGCCUAUAUCAACUGUAAUCACUGAGAAUGAAAAGAAAAUUGAAAAAGAAAGGAAGAGGCAGCGGGAGGGGAAUGAAAAGGUUGCCAUUCUCUUGAAACCUAAAACGUUUCAGGAGCAAGUGGACACUCAGAGCCUGAACAGCCAGCAAUCAAAUGAAAGUCGAUUGGUAGAAAACUAUAAAUGUGCAUUAACACAACGGUUGGAACAUGAAGAUGAGAAUGACCAGCAAGUUUCAGAAAGUCUUAAUUCUGGUGAUAAUGCCAGCUUGAAUUCAGGAAUAGAGAACAGUAAAAAGAAAGCAAAGAAACUAAAAUUAAAAAGGAGUCACCGAGUAGAACCAGUUAAUAUGGAAGAGACCGUUUCCCCCAAUCCUAUGCCAUUAGCACCUCUUGCACCAGUUGGCUGGGAAACACCUACUAAAGUUAACAGAAUUCGAAAACUUGAACCUCUUGGUGAAACCCGUCAUAAUGAUUUCUAUGGAAAGCCGCUGCCUCCGCUGACUAUACGGCAAAGACCUAACAGCGAUACCCAUGAAGUCAUUUCUUAACUGGCAGUAAUAUAGCAGUUUUAAAGAAGCAUGUACUAUGUAAAGGGAAGGCCUAUAUUAGACAAAGUUUUCUUGUUUGAAAAGACAUCUGCUGUUCUUAAAAGUUACUGGGCAAGGACAGUAAGAUUGCCUUGGAAGCUCAGCAGUGAAGAUGGUCCUGAUGGACUUAACAUAUUUCCUUCUUGACUCACCAGCUCUUCUUCAGGAUUAAUGUGGAAUGAGAAAGCUUUUAUGAGUAGAACUCUUGGGAAAUGGGAACAAGGUUUCUUGCUUGUUUUCCUUCUUGGAAAUGAAAGUUGUAAUCCUGAAGAAAAAAAAACAAUUCAAGACCAAAUGCAACUUCACUGUGCACAUGCAAGGACUGUUCUUUGAUUUGGCUUAAUACUUUAAGGAGUUUUUUUUUGGGGGGGGGGUUGUAAAAUAUAUUCAUGGUCAAAGGAUGGGGAAGGAUAUGAAGUCCACAUUUUAACUAUUUUUAUAUUUUUCUAGUAUUUUGUUUAUUUUAACAGAAUUAUUUGGUUCAACUAUUUUGAAAUAUUAACGUUCAUAAGGAGAACAUAUUUAAGAAUGUCAUGUUGUCACAACACUAGUUUUCAUGUGACUUGCCUCACAAGUUAUGUUGAUAGUAUGUCAUAUUUUCUUCCCCGAGAAGAAAUGUGUGCACAAAUGGGUGUUGCACUCAUCUAAUUCCAGGUGCUGUGCACAGUAAACCACAGCUAGAAUCUCCAAAGUAGUACCAGUUAUAUCUUCUGGAGGCAGGAGUAGAGGACUAAAUUCAGACCCUACUCUACUUUCCAAUAGAUUAUUUGUCAUAAUCCAUAAAUGGGAGGUCCAUGUGUGCAAGCACAGUUCCUGGAAUGAAUUAUUUUCAUCUUGGGGAAACAUGUACAAAGUGGUAACACACUCGUUUCUUCCCGUUAGAUUGGAGUAUCUCUGUAUUGAUCUCAUGUGACAAAUGGAAUUGUAUCCAAAAUUAUGGUGAUUAUGGAAGCUUCAAGGAGUUUUGACUGUCGUAACCUCAAAUGAAUUAUCUUAAGAAUGAAAACUUGAAGUUCCAAGAACAAAAACCUCAAGCAACAACAAAAAAAUUGAAAAUAACUUAAGUUUCUUGGGAAAUUGUAUGAUUUAGUGCAGGGGUGGGGAACAUCUGGCCCUCCAGAUACUUUUAAACUACAGCUCUGAUCAUCUCUCACCUCUGCAACUGACUGAGAGUUGGAGGCAAACUACAUCUGGAGGACCUACAGGUUCCUAUCCUGAUCCCUGAGUUAGUGUGCAUGCAUUUUCUAGAACCCUGAAAUUCCGCUUUUUUGCACUUUCAUGCUCAGAUUUGUGUUUAUGGGAACAUGUGAUCAGGGAAGCCCCUAUACAUGUUUUUGUUCACAGUGGGUACAAAUCUGUCCCCAGUAUUAAAGUGAAGCUUCUGCUUAUAUUGUAUUGGUAUAUCAGAGUCCUUUGGAACUUUGGAAAUUGUCAUGUUCUAACAAUGCAUUUCUACACUCAUUUUAAGAAACUGAUAUCAGGAAAGGAACACAGUAAUAGUUCUUCAAUACUGUGUGUGUUUAAAUUUCAUUUGAAGAGAAUAACUUGUACACCAUAGAUAAAACUGACAAUAGAAAUCUCACUUUUCAUUAUUAACAUGUGAUUUCACCCCCGUUGUGUAAUACUAAGAAAACAUUACCUGAAAUAUAUCUACCCUAAACUUGUGUAGAUAUUAAUUUUCUCUGGAUGGGGUAAAAGAGGCAUCCAUCCAUUGAUUGGUUAACAUCUACUGCUCAAGAGAGGCAAGAAACCAUAUGAUUACCUUGUAUUGAGCCUGAUGAUGACCCUGUCUCUGUGAAAAAUACAGAGAUGCUUUAAGACAGGCACUAAAGAACUAAAUUGCACAUGCAAAAGAUGUCAAUUUCCUGUCUUUUUUUCCAUUCCCUCCUAGAUCCCUGGGCACAAAGGCCUCUAGUACUUCUAUUGCCACCUGUAUUCAGGGUCUAUAUUCUAUUUGCCUUUGAUUCUCAACACAUAACUAAGGCAAAACAUGACACAGGCCGCUCUACCAGGGCAUCUUCAUCUAAUGUUUGCUCUAGUAGAGAUCUGCAGACUGUGGACUUCCUCUACAUGAAUGUGCCAUUAUAGGUGUCCUCCAAUUGGUCCUCUCUCCCUCACAAUACUUAGUCCAAGCAAGCAUUCCCUCCCUACACAUCUCAGCUUGGGAACAUCCCAUCAGUGGAUGGAUGCCUUGUUCAACCCAUCUAGAGAAUGUAAGUUUGGGCACUUGCCAUGAAAGAACAUUCUCUAGAGAGGUGAACAAGGCAUUCAAACUGCACCCUAUCUGCCUGUGUGCACUCCUCAUAUCUCACAUUUAAUUGUCGCAGAGGUCCGGCCUUUCUCGUCUCUCACAUGUAGUUGUCCCUGAAAUGAGAUCAUACAUUGUUUUUGUGCCUAUUCCUCUUGUACCUUAUUUCUUCUUUGUAGUUUUUGAGAUUAGAAUCUGUUGUUUUUCUAGAGCAACUAUUUUUUCUAACUUUGAUUCAUCUACUGUCUUGGCCACAGACAGAAAGAAAGUGGUGGGUAGACUAAAAGCUGGCCAUAUGAUUCAUUAUCUCACCGGGGUGAAAGGAGGUAGUAAUCCAUCAGUGGAUGGAUGCCUCAUUCACCUCUCCAGAGAAAGUACUUUCACAGUAAGUACCCAAACUUCCUUUCCAAUUCAAAGCCUGCUUAUUUCCGUUUUAGCAGGUGGGUAUAAAUAGAUUUAAACUGCCCAAAUGUUUAUUAGUUACUCCGUAAAAUGGCAAAAGCUGCCAUCAGUUUUAAUUUUGGAAUACUGUUUCCUCUAAUCCAGAAGGCUUUCCUAGGACUGGUUAAAUACUGGUGCAUGCUUUGUUUCCAAAUAUAAUCCCAAGACAUUUCUGGAUUUGGACAUCAUCCUAUACCAUACAGUGGACACAAGACACACUUUCCAGUUUGUUGCCCCCUCAGUAACUGAAGUCAAAAGGUCUACUGAGAUCCAAUCCGGUGUUCCUGAAGUGGAGAAACAUUGUUUUGGUUUUUAUGGUACUACAUAUAUGUUCACCACACAUUUGUUUAUAGCUGUUAAUAUAUAUUGUUAAGGAACCAAAGUACUAUGAAUAUUUCAUAACAUAUUGUAUAUUAAUAUUAUGAUCACUUUCCUUAUGUCUGUAUUAUAAUGGCUUUUUAUUUGUUGAAU